AUGUCGCACGCCUCCAGACCGAUCACCUACAAAAGAGUACCGGACCGAGAGUACCCUCACGGCACUGCUACAACGAGCGACUUCGAGAAACACGGCGCCAACCCGUCCAACGCUACAACCACGACGACUCCCAGCCCUCUCCGCAUCCUCCUCACCCAAGCCGCAUCCGUCGUCUGCUGCAUCAGCACCAUGGCUGCCACAGCCGCACUGCUCUUCUCCAUGACCCUCGGUACCGGCUACGCAAUCAAGAGAAUAAUUCAAUAUCCGGACUGGGUUCCUUCCGACAUCAACGGGGACGUAAAUGCAAUUGAUUUGCUCGUGGUGCUCUUUCCACCAUUCGGCGCGCUUGUCAGAGCAAUACCGGGCUUCUCCCUCUGGCAGGCUCCCGAACGUAGCCGCAAAGCCACCGUCCUAGAGGUGUUGAUGGACUUUGCACUCGUCGCCGUGGGGAUGGUCACUGUCGUCCUUUUGGCGCUUGUCUUUCGUCUUUUUUGGGAGCUGUGCAUUUGGGUUCUUCAGAUGUAG